AUGGCGCAGUACAAGGGCACCAUGCGCGAGGCCGGCCGGGCCAUGCACCUGCUCAAGAAGCGCGAGAAGCAGAAGGCGCAGAUGGAGGUGCUGCGGCAGCGCAUCGCCGAAGAGACCAUCACGAAGUCCAAGGUGGACAAGAAGUUCUCAGCGCACUACGACGCGGUGGAGGCCGAGCUGAAGUCCAGCACGGUGGGCCUGGUGACCCUGAACGACAUGAAGGCCCGGCAGGAGGCGCUGCUGCAGGAGCGCGAGGCGCAGCGCGCACAGCGCGAGCAACAGGAGCAGCGCCGCCUGCAGCUGGAGCGGCUGCGCGAGAAGGAGCGCCGGCGAGAGCGCAGGCGCAAGAUCAGCAGCCUGUCCUUCUCGCUGGACGACGGCGAGGACGAGGACGGUGACGGCGAUGGCGGGGAGCGGAACGGCGGGCCGCCCCGGGCCGGCGCGGCCAGGAGGAGCCUGGGCAAGAACCCCGACGUGGACACGAGCUUCCUGCCGGACCGCAAGCGCGAGGAGGAGGAGGCCCGGCUGCGCGAGCAGCUGCGCCGCGAGUGGGAGGCGCAGCGCGACAAGGUCAAGGGCGAGGAGGUGGAGAUCACCUUCAGUUACUGGGACGGCUCGGGCCACCGGCGCACGGUGCGCAUGCGCAAGGGCAGCACGGUGCAGCAGUUCCUCCGGCGCGCGCUGCAGGGUCUGCGCGCCGACUUCCGCGAGCUGCGCGCCGCCAGCGUGGAGCAGCUCAUGUACGUGAAGGAGGACCUGAUCCUGCCGCACCACCACACCUUCUACGACUUCAUCGUGGCCCGCGCGCGCGGCAAGAGCGGCCCGCUCUUCAGCUUCGACGUGCACGACGACGUGCGGCUGCUGAGCGACGCCACCAUGGAGAAGGACGAGUCGCACGCGGGCAAGGUGGUGCUGCGGAGCUGGUACGAGAAGAACAAACACAUCUUCCCCGCCAGCCGCUGGGAGCCCUACGACCCCGAGAAGAAAUGGGACAAGUACACCAUCCGCUGACCAGCCCCGGGGCCGUGUCCCCAGCAACGGCCUCGCGUGUCCCCAACAUGUUGCUUUGUAGCCCUCGUUUCUCCCCAAGGUUUAAUAAAGACAGAGGGUUCCGUUAU